AUGGCGCAGGGCGUCGCAUCGAAUCUCUUCCGCGCCGCUUUCCGCACCCAACUCCGAAAUUCGCAUUCUUACUGUAUCAGGCGUGAGUUUUAUACGGAAUAAAACAAAAAUUGACGUUUGGUAAAUUUUUGAAAAACAUUGGUUGAUUCAGCGGGUUUCUUGUAAUUAAUAUUUUUUGAAGUUUCGAUAGUUUUUUUUUUAGUUCAAAAAUAUUUACUUCGUCAUUGUUCAUACAGUCCCCUCUCGGUGUUCAGAGUGAUUCCACGAAAUUAUUUCUUUCUCUCCAAAAACUAUAUAAAUUAUUUUUGUGCAAAUUUCAGGCUUUUUUUAUUUGAACUGAAAAAAACUAUCGAAAUUUUCAAAAAAAACCGGAAACAAGUAUUUUUUUGUGCAAUAUAGUGUUCUACAAGAUUUGAAAAUAUUUUUUUCGGUGAAGGGAAAUCUUGGAAAGUUUUUUUCUCGGAGUAUCGGGCUUGAAAAUGUUUUUUUAUCAUCGAGAAAUAUGUAUUUUUUUCAAUUGUUAUGACUUGGGUUAUUGCCCAAAAAUUCUUUUCAAACUUCUAAAAAUCAAAAAAAGCCCAUAUCGAAAAUAUUUGAACUUUUUCCAGCAUGCCAAGUUUUAAUGAUAAAUUCUAUCAGAUCACGAAUUUAUUAAAAAAAUUUUUCCGAGACCAAAACUAUCCUAUGCAUCAAUGAAUUGUCGACUGAUAAUUCAACGCUUCAUUCUGAGAAAAUUGAUAGUUUUUCGAGUUCGAAGGGUUUUAAUAGGUUAUCAAAACGGUAAAGUUACUUCUAGGACCCUCAGACGGAGCUGAAAAGUUCCGCUAAAAUUCCUAAAACGGUUAAAAUAAGUCUCUUGAGCACCUUUUUCAUAGCCUUUAAGGAUCCUUUUUGAACCCUCUUAAGUAUUUUUAGUCGCUUUUCAGGAUCUCUUUAAUAAAUGAACUGAAAAAAAUGCCAAAGUGAAAAAAGAAUCGUUGGGGUCCUCAAAAGCUCCUUCUGAAAAAAAAAACUUUCGAGGAUCUUUUCCGUUUUGCUCUUGUUAUAAACAACUGAAACAUCAUUAAAAUAGUGAAAAUUGAAAACAAAAGAAAAAAUUGAAAUCGUGACCGAGAUUCGCAAAGGCAAAAACGCGUCUGCGGAGUGUCGUUCCAUGAAAUUUCAAGUCGUGCCAUGAUUUUUUUUUUUCAAUUUUUCAGCCUCCCUGGACUUGGAUGCGGAUAUGGUUGAGGUGCAGAAAGUGGCACACGAAUUCGCCAAAAAAGAAAUGUACCCGCACAUGGCCGAGUGGGACCAAAAGGUGGUUUUUCUGUUUCAUGAGUGGAAUAAUGAAGGCGUCUUAAAUAUUUCCUCGUUUUUCUGCAUUCGUGAGCUUUGUAGAUAACUUUCUAGGACCCUCGAGUGGUCACUACAAAAUAUUCGGAAGGCCUCGUCCCUAAAGUAGACACUAAGAGCUUUUGAGUGUUAUUUAACAUCAGCCUCGCAAGCUCCUAAAAUGACCACUAGAACAUAUUCUGUAAUUUGAAGUUUUCUGCUACUUGGUUACUACUAUUGAGCCCUGAAGUGGUCACUGGUGAUCUCAUCCUUCAAAGGGAUCACUAUAGUAGUUUCAGUGGGAGUGAUCUCAGGAGCACUUUUCGAAGAAAGUUUUUUUCGGAAAAGGUUGCUUAAGAGACCACUUGAAUAUAUUCCGUAGCUUGAAUUUUUCUUGGAUGAACUUCCGUUUUUCUUUCCCUUGAUUGCGACUAUUGGCGCCUAAGCUGAAAACCCUGAAGGGGUCACUGGUGAUCUGAUCUUUAAAGGGAUCGCUAUAGUAGUCUCAGAAUUAUGAUAUUAUUUCCCAGCGGACAUUGUUUUCACAAUAGUUUCCAGCGUUUUUCUCAAAAAAGGCUCCUAGAGUGACCACUUGAAUUGUUUCUAUUAUUACGACUUCUGAAGAGCUCACUAGAAGCUGAAAACCCUGAAGUGGUCACUGAUGAUUUUCUAUUAAAAGGGAUCACUAUAGUAGUUUCAGUGGGAGUGAUUUUAGAAGCACCUCUCGAAAGAAAGUAUUUUUCAAAUCUGGUCAUUUUUUUUUUUCGGAAAAGGUCCCUAAAGGGACCACUAGGAUAUAUUCCGUAGCUUAAAUUUUUCUUGGUGGGACUGCCGGUUCUGUCACUUGGUUGCCACCAUUUUCGCCUCUGGAAAUGUUCAAUAGGAGCUGAAAACCCUAAGAGUGGUCACUGAUGAUCUCUCUUUUCAAAGGGAUCACUAUAGUAGUUUCAGUGGUAUUCGAAAUGUCUCAGGAACACUUCCCGACGGACAUGAUGAGGAAGGCGGGAGAGCUCGGUUUCGGCGCCAUCUACUGCAAGCCCGAGCACGGCGGGUCCGACCUGACCCGGCUUCACGCCUCGGUCAUCUUCGAACAGCUGGCGGCUGGCUGCUGCUCCACCGCCGCUUAUAUGAGCAUUCACAAUAUGUUAGUGAAAAAAUGGGAAAAUGGACUAUCAAGAUUUGUAUUUUAUUUUCCAAUUUUUCGGCUUCAGGUGCGCCUGGAUGCUCGACACUUAUGCUUCAGAACAGCUAAAGGAGAAAUUCUUGCCUCGGAUCGCGACUUUUGAGGAUUUGUGCUCGUACUGUUUGACGGAACCGGAUGCUGGUGAGUUGGAGAUAAACGUCGGCUGGACCUCAACCAGGCGAUUUAAAAAAAAAAGGUGUGAUCAAAAUAAUAAGCUCGGAAGUUUCCCAGGAUCCGACGCGGCAAAUCUCCGAACGACGGCCAGGAAAGAGAAGGACUACUACGUCGUCAACGGCUCCAAGGCGUUCAUCAGCGGCGCCGGCGCCUCCAAGCAGUAUUUACAGAGUUUUCACCGAAUUCUGAUGAUCCUCUUUGAAGUUACGUCGUGAUGGUCCGCAGAGACGACGGGCAGCCCGGCGCCAAGGGAAUCUUCUGUCUGCUGAUCCACGACGGCAUGCAGGGCUUCAGCCAGGGCAAGAAGGAGCAGAAGCUCGGAUGGAACACCCAGCCGACCAGGAUCCUCACUUUCGAGGACUUGAAGGUCGUGACAAUAUUUCUGUAG